UACCACGUGACAUUUUGUUUUCAUUUAGUCACAGCACACGAUAUACCAUCAGAUAUGGAUUCAAAGGCGAAAGGUGUCAAAGGAGAGCAAUCAGAAACAGGAUCAGUACGUACUAUAGAAGAUUUUGUGAUGAGCAUUGUCAAGAAUUUGAAAGAUCUUGAAUACCAGUCCCUGCUGGAUGUACAUGAAACCCUUCAAAAAAUGAAGCACAGUAUGAAAUCCAAACAUGAACUGAAUUACUGGAAAGUGUUACAAUGUCUUGGAGAAUUAUCAGUCGACCGUUUUGUGAGAACUCUAGUCCUUAAUGAAAAAGCCUCGUGCAAGUGCCAUACAUAUUCGAACCUGUACUGUCUCGUGCAACUGUUUGUUCAGAUGCAGGUUAAUGUUGCAGUUAUCAAAAGACAGCUGGCAUAUAAAAGACAGCUGAUACCUGUCUUCUUCAAGGCACUGAGACAGAAAGAAGAUCCAGCUUUGUCAAGAGAAAGUCUCAUUGGAAUGUAUCGCCUACUGAUAGUUGGCAGAUCAGAACUUGUUGAAAUCUACAUGGAUAACAAAUUACUUAUGGAUUUUCAAGCUCAGAUAAAAUCCCGCUCUGCCACCAUUGGUACAUAUCCUCUUCAGGCAAUAUUCUACUGUUCAGAACUAAUGCAUACAAUGGCUAUUCAUGGAACACCGAAAACCAGAAGAAUUAUCAAGAAUUCUCCAGCCCUCAGGGUAGUGAAAGACUAUUGUAAAAAACUGAAGAAAGAGCUCGAUAUCACAAAUCUUGAGCUACCAGAUAUGUACAGAAUAUUGGACAACUAUGAAUUUGUUAAUGAUAUUGUAACUGACGAAUGUGUAGCCGAAGAACUUGCUAUGAACUGGAAACCCAAAGAGAAAUUGAAGGAAGAAUUAUUAGAGGAUGAUUUUGAAUAUAUUGCUAAAGAUAUGAUUUUCUGUUCCUCCCCAGCUUGCCGUAAACAGUUUGUUGAUGGGAUGGAACAUUUUCGAUAUUGUGGUGCUUGUAGACUUUCUAGGUACUGUAGCGAGGCUUGUCAGAAAGAUCAUUGGAGGAAAAGCCACAAAACCAGCUGUCUUCAAAAUCCUCAGGAAGAACUGCUUUAAUUGGUCUAAACAAUGAGAAUGGUCUAUAUACUUAUAGGAAAUCUCUACAAAUACAUACAACAUUGCAAUAAUGUAUUACAUGAACUCGCCUUGCAAUUGUGACAGAAGAUGUGAUGUGGGUUUUUUUUUUGGGUGGGGGGGGGGGGGGGGGGGUGCUUUUUAAUUCAAUUUUAAUUUUAUUUUACUGCAGUCCGAGUACAAUGUAGUUGAAGUGGCAUGGUUGGAUAAUUCUUUUGUCCUAAUAUAGUUAUAAUCGUAAUGCCAGUAAAAUAACUGUCAUGUAUGAUUCUUUAUCCAUAUUUUAGCAGUUUUCAAAUAAUAUAUAAUUACCAUACAUGAUACUAUAUAUAUAUAUGGUAUAGUAAUUAUAUAAGUAUUUUAACCCACCCACCCAUAAAAACGACCUCUAGUCAUAGGCCUCUUGUUACAUGGAUGUUUUCCCCAAGUUCUUGACUGAAUCUUUCUGGAUUUGAUGUGUAGAUUUUAAAACCAUAUAUUUUGUGUGGCAGUGAAAAUACACUAGCUUUUAAAGUUAAUUGCAUUCUAGAAAUGUAGUCCUCAAAUCAAUUUGUACCGUUUUCCUUUUUAAUUCAUUAUGUAAGUGAUUGAGUACACUUUAUCAGGUCAGGUGUACAUGCAUAUGUACUAGUUUGAGAAAUUGGCACAUGUGUUUAAUGUGUCCAAGGGAUUUUUUUGGUAAAGAAGAUGGUUUAAAGAAAAGCUUUUAGUUUAAGUGCCAAAACAUAAUGUAAUAUAUGACUUUUGUUCAUGUUUUCUUAGUACAGAACAAUUUUCUGCAUCAGCAACAAAUUAGCUAUGAAUAUUUAUAAGACACAAAUUCACCAUGUUGGUGGUAUACAUCCUUUAUAUAUAAUGAACAGGCAGACUUUAUAAAUCAGACAUGUUAUUUGUAUACAUGGACUAACAUAUAAGGCAACCCUAG